AUGGAAUGUCGAAGACAUAAAAUCAAAUGCGAGGUCAAAGUGGGCGAGAGCUCCUGUACCAAAUGUCUCCGAGGCGGCAUCGAGUGCAUCUUCCAAGACCUGACGCAAAAGUUCCAGGAGGAGGACGCUUUGUGGAAAGCCCACGCAGACCUGGAACUGGACCAGAUGCGCGCAGCGAUUCAACACCUUCUCAAGCACAAUCACCUUCCGGAUCUUUCAACGUAUCAUACAGCCUCGGCCGCUGCCAGCCCAGCAAAUCCAGCCUCGACCUCAACCCUGAUUGUUCCGCCCAUGGACAUGACACGCGAGAACUCCCAAGAACCCCAAUCCCGCGAUGAUCCUGGCCUUGUACCGGCUCCAAUGAGCAGCUUGUACGACCUGACUCGCCUCAGAACUCUGCGAAGCUCGGUAUUAUGGAGACAGAAUGCCAACAUGCUGGAUGACGAUUUCAUCUCACAAGGCAUCAUCUCCGUGGAGGACGCCGAGUAUCUUUUCUCUCUAUAUCUACAAAAUAUCAACCAGCUUCUGUGGGGCGGUGUCUUACUCCCACAUCAAACCUUGACCUCAGUCAGACGAUCAUCAACGAUGCUUACCGCUGCCGUCCUCACCAUCGCUGCUUUACACGUAUCCGACGGCGACCGGCUCCUUCAAAAAUGCUACAGCAUCUUCGUGUCGCUUGUCAGUAACACCUGUCUAGCGCGGCAUCACACACUCGACGAUGUCCGAGCACUCUGCCUAGGAGCUUUCUACCUCUCCAACCUCAGCUGGAAACUGUCCGGCAUGGCUGUGCGUCUAGCGGGGGAGAUGAAUCUUCAUCAGUCAUUCCAGAAACUCACCCGCGCUCAACCUAAUCAACACGAAUGCGUCAGACUCUGGUAUGCAUUGUAUGUCUGCGAGCAUCAUUUCAGUAUCGCAUACGGGAGACCACCUAUCAUCGGGGACGAUGUGGCUGUGAGAAACGUAGAAAGGUUCUUGGAGAGCCCGGCCACCGUCCCAGGUGACGUCCGGCUGUGUGCGCAAGUUGCCCUUUUCCGGAUCCUCACUGAAGCAUACAUGGAGUAUGGUAGCGACUCCGAGCAGCCUUUAGGCGAGCAGGAUUUUGAACGACUCCGUUUGUUCAACUUUGCCGUCGAGCAGUGGAGACUGACCUGGCAAGUCAGGUCUGCCGACAGCGUGGAACUCGGCUCGUAUCCAUCUAAAGGAGUUGUCUUGUACUACCAUUUCGCGCGUUUCCAGCUGAACUCUCUGGCUCUGAGAGCGGUGGCAGGACCAGACAGUCCGCUCGUCGAGCCGCUGACUUAUGACCGUCGGGAAGCUGCCAACAUUGCCAUCUCAGCCGCGACCAGUACAUUGACGCUCAUUCUCGAGGAGCACGACUUACGUCGAGCCAUGUCGGGCGUGCCCAUUUUCACAUACACUAUGGUGGCGUUCUGCGCGACUUUCCUAUUGAAAAUGGCCAUGAAGUGGAGCAAUACCACAUCUCCUACCACGGGCAGUUGGAGUCAAGAGACGUCAAAUCUGGGAUUGAAUUUCAGUAUCGGACAGGUCAUUGGGCUCAUUCGCAAGUCCGCCGACUUCCUAGCUGAAGUUUCAGAGACACUGAGUGAGAAACAUCUGACGAGACACAUCGUCGCCGGAAUCCGCUAUCUACUGAAGAAGUUUGAUACGGACACAGAGCUGCCUCACCGAGAUGGGAUUCAUGAUUAUCCACCAAGCCGUAUCCAGCAGCCUUUCGUUAGUGGUAUGGAUGCCUCGAACAAUGCGGCCGACAGCAUGAACGGCAACUAUAACUUUUAUGACUUGGUUGGCUCUUAUGGAUUCGGAUUCGACGAGUCAUAUCUCGGACAGGUCGAAGCUCAUGACCCCGACUUAUGGUCGUAUACCUGA